AUGAAGUGCAGAGUCUACGGGUUUUUUCCCCCUCCUCUGUGUAGUUCAGUGGAAAGCGUGCGCAGAACCAUACAUCCGGUGAAAGCAGAAAAGCAUGCAUUCGGAGCGCAUAACUAUGUCUGUGCUGCUGCCAGGGCGGUUAAGUUUUUCUUAUUUGAUGCAAGCUUGUGCGUGUGCGCCAUGAGCAUUUCAAAAACCCUGGGGGCCGAGGCCCUUUUCCGGGCUUUUACCAGCAACGGGCCCCUUAUAAUGAAACUGGGCCAGUUUCUGUCCACGCGCGCAGAUAUUCUCCCAGAAGAGGCGCUGCUGAGGCUAAAAGCCAUACAAAGCAUGGCGCCCAGCAGCGUGCCAGGGGCUGCCGACCCGCUGGACAUGCUCCGCAAGGAAACAGGCGUGGCUCUGCCCAGAAGCAGCCUAAAGGGCAAAAUAGGCGCUGGAUGCAUAUCACAGGUGUACAGGGUCCAAAUAGGAGAAAAAGACUAUGCGCUGAAAAUAAUAGACCGCUCUGUUAGAGAACAGAUACACGCAGACUUGGUUUUAUUUCAGAUGUUUUCCGCUGUGCUCGGAUUUGGCCGGUUCUACCGGGAGUUCAUGCGAAACAUGGGGGCGCAGAUGGACCUGAACAAAGAGAGAGAAAACACAGAGCGGUUUCGAAGAAACUUUGCAAUGUACCGGUCUCCAGCAGAGAGCAGCUCGGCUUUCACGCGGAUUGUUUCCAAGCUCACAGACACGUCUUUUAUUUUUCCCAAGCCAAUUGCAGCUACAGAGAGCCUUUUGCUGACAGAGUACUGGAAAGGCGGCGAAGUAGGCAGGGCGCACGGAGAAGGCAUUCUGUUUAUGUUUCUGAAGAUGCUGUUCAAGGACCGGUUUGUGCACUCAGACCUGCACCCAGGGAAUCUGGCUGUUCUUGAUGCCCAUGGAGGGAGGGGCACUUGCACAGGCAGCGCGAGAGCGCCUAGCAAGCACCACACAAUAAUAGUGUACGACACAGGGCUGUCCCACGAGCUUACACAGGCCCAGUGCAAAAACCUAAAAGACCUGUCAAAGGAGGUUCUUCUGGGGAGAAAGGAGAGAGCGCUUUCUCUUGUAAUAGACCGAAACAGGCUGAACCAGCACACGUGCGAGGAAAAGCGCGCAUUCCUCAAAAGCGCUGCUGCGCACUGGGAAAGGCUAAGAGCGGGUGCAGCCGGGCUUCCCUCCGGCAUUUUCCGCGGGUAUGCCCUAACACAGAGACACAAUGUUUUUUUGGACUCUGCAUAUACAAAUAUAAUGAUGUCUGUUCUGUACGUGCAGGACCACAUUAGAGACAUAAAGCGCCUCAGAUGGCCGGUGGCUUUGAAAAGCGGGCUGUCUGUAGACUAUGUUGAGCUAUUUGCCAGAUGGAGACUGAACCUGGGCCACUGA